UUCCAGAACCUUCGUUCAGGUUCCAGCUCCCACCCCCAAACCCUAGAAAAACCCUUCGAAACCCUCGCUCACUCCCUCCACCAACGCCCUCUUCGUUCCCACGACGCUAUUUCGCACGCUCGAAGAAACCCUAGAAGCUCGCCCAAGGAAGAGGAGGAGGAGGAGGACGACGACGACGACUAUGGCGGACGAGCAGCAGCUGAAGCUGGACCUCGAGGAGCUCAGGCAUCUCGAGGGCAUCGCCAAGAGGCCUCGCGUCCUCUCCCUCCUCGCCUCCGAGAUCCGCAAUGUCGACGCCAAGUUGUCGACUGUUACUGCCGCAAAAGAAGCAGCGCAGGCCACGGUUUCUACUGAAAAGGCCCCUUCUUCUGCAGCUAGUGUUUUGAAUUACACCGCAUUAAGUUCUUUCAGCUGGGAUCAAGAUAAUGAUAAGAUCAGGAUCUACAUAUUCCUCGAAGGAGUAGAGCAGGAGAAGGUGGAGGCUUCCUUUAAUCCUACGUCGAUCGAUAUUAAGUUCCAUGAUGUCAAGGGGAAGAAUUACCGAUGUGCCAUUCCGAAACUGCACAAGGAAAUAGAUCCAGAGAAAUGUAAGGUGGUUGUUAAGCCUACGAAAGUUUUGAUUACGUUGUUCAAAGCUUCGAAAGGGACCUGGUUGGAUCUGCACUUCAAGGACGACAAGUUCAAGCCGAGCGUGGACAAAGAAAAAGACCCGAUGGCCGGAAUCAUGGAUUUAAUGAAGAACAUGUAUGAGGAAGGUGAUGAUGAAAUGAAACGGACAAUCGCGAAAGCUUGGACUGAUGCGAGGUCCGGGAAGACCGCCGACCCCUUAAAAGGGUUCCCAUGAAUCAUUAAAACUUUUUAGUCUUUUGUAAUUGGUGUGACAUUGCUCUUUUAGCAUUUUGGGUCUUAGGAGCAAACAUUGUCUUUAUAUGUAGCCCAUCAGCGCUGUGGUGUGAAAAAACUGAAGCUUGCUAGGAAAGUUUGCGGAAAAUAAUUCUGAUUUGCUUGUAUUUUGUUGAGAAAAAA